AUGCCUUUGCAUUUCCUCAUCCUCAUCCUCUCCCUAACCCUCCUCAGCCUCACCACAGCGAUGCCCACCUCCCUACCCUCGCUCCUAAUCAACUCCACCGCCUCCGUCUCCGUCUCUCCCCGCGCCCCUUUUUCGGCCCCUGCACGCUCCACAGCAAAGUCCACGAGCACUGCAACAGCCCCACCCACCACAACUAAACUCACCCACCUCCUCACUACACACAUCUCCGACUCACACGGCCUUGCCUUCAACGCUGUGAGCGAGGGGGGCGUCUGGCAGCCGCUCAGCCCCGCGAACAUGCAGACCACAGCGCAGAUAUUAGACAUUAACGGGGCGAACCUAGGCAUCUCGUGGGACGCGCCCGAGAACGGGGGGUUCGACGCGUGCACUGCGAGUACGGCGAGGCGCGCGCUGGGACGACUGGCAGCGCGGCGCGUGUGGCAAGGCGGAUUGGACGCUGGGGGAUUGCGAGAAUAG